AUGAAGAGUGGCUGUGACCUUACUCCCUGUGACUUCAUACCAGCGAAGAGUGGCUGUGACCUUACUCCCUGUGACUUCAUACCAGUGAAGAGUGGCUGUGACCUUACUCCCUGUGACUUCAUACCAAUGAAGAGUGGCUGUGACCUUACUCCCUGUGACUUCAUACCAGUGAAGAGUGGCUGUGACCUUACUCCCUGUGACUUCAUACCAGCGAAGAGUGGCUGUGACCUUACUCCCUGUGACUUCAUACCAGCGAAGAGUGUCUGUGGCUUUACUCCCUGUGACUUCAUACCAGCGAAGAGUGUCUGUGGCUUUACUCCCUGUGACUUCAUACCAGUGAAGAGUGGCUGUGACCUUACUCCCUGUGACUUCAUACCAGUGAAGAGUGGCUGUGACCUUACUCCCUGUGACUUCAUACCAGUGAAGAGUGGCUGUGACCUUACUCCCUGUGACUUCAUACCAGUGAAGAGUGGCUGUGACCUUACUCCCUGUGACUUCAUACCAGUGAAGAGUGGCUGUGACCUUGCUCCCUGUGACUUCAUACCAGCGAAGAGUGGCUGUGACCUUACUCCCUGUGACUUCAUACCAAUGAAGAGUGGCUGUGACCUUACUCCCUGUGACUUCAUACCAGCGAAGAGUGGCUGUGACCUUACUCCCUGUGACUUCAUACCAGUGAAGAGUGGCUGUGACCUUACUCCCUGUGACUUCAUACCAAUGAAGAGUGGCUGUGACCUUACUCCCUGUGACUUCAUACCAGUGAAGAGUGGCUGUGACCUUACUCCCUGUGACUUCAUACCAAUGAAGAGUGGCUGUGACCUUACUCCCUGUGACUUCAUACCAGUGAAGAGUGGCUGUGACCUUACUCCCUGUGACUUCAUACCAGUGAAGAGUGGCUGUGACCUUGCUCCCUGUGACUUCAUACCAGCGAAGAGUGGCUGUGACCUUACUCCCUGUGACUUCAUACCAAUGAAGAGUGGCUGUGACCUUACUCCCUGUGACUUCAUACCAGUGAAGAGUGGCUGUGGCUUUACUCCCUGUGACUUCAUACCAGUGAAGAGUGGCUGUGACCUUACUCCCUGUGACUUCAUACCAGUGAAGAGUGGCUGUGGCUUCACUCCCUGUGACUUCAUACCAGUAAAGAGUGGCUGUGGCUUCACUCCCUGGGCAAUGGCUGAGUCUCCGGCCAGUGGAUUGGGCAUGUGCCAGGAGUUAAAUCACUGUGAUGGUAAACGUCAGUCCCAGACCUCCGUGCAAAAAAAUUCAAUCCACUUCAAGAUUAUUUGUGACAGAAUGUUGGAUCAUCGUGACAGCCAUGUCACAGGAGCAGAAUCAUACUAG